AUGGACUUACGAUUGGCCAAGACUCUUGGAUGUGUUGUCCUUAAGGGCAGCUACAUCGAUGGUAUAGCUGAAAGCUCACCAUCGCCAUCUCCACAAAAGCCAAAUACCCCAUACCAUGUCACAGUACUCACGAAAGCCGAGAUCAAGGAGCUGGAUGAUCAACAACAGAUGCAGAUCGAGCAACUGCUCAAAAGACCACUCAACCUACAGCCACCAAUCGAUUUGGGAGUUGGAGUACACGGCUCAGUCGCAUUCAACGUGCUGUUCUGGCCAGAAGGAAACAAAAUCAGAUAUUCAUUCGGACAACCUAGGAAGGACUUUCAUAUCACUUUGUCGCCAAAGGAUAACCACAAUAUCGAUAAAGGCAUUCAUGCAAUCACUCGUUGCAAAACCUUGACAACAGAGCAAGUUGACCAGAUGGUCUCGACUUGCUCAUCAUCAGCAAAACAUCCUUCUGCCGACCAAGACUAUACGUUGGAAGUCGUUCAAUUUAUAUCAAGGUUUCAUGUUUCACAUCUGACAGAUAGAUCGUUCGACCAGGCAUGGCGACUAUUAUUCAAAUUCUCGAGCAAGACAGACAGUUCUAUACUCGCGUCUGACUAUCUGAAACUCUAUCCCAACAGUAUCGCUGCAUUGCUGCGAGUGGCACACUACUUCGAGAUGCCGCAACAAGCAAAACAAGCCAUGUUCAUGUUUGCUCAAGCGGCAAGUCUGUUGCCCGCCACCAGUGAAUCAUUACAAUCACAGUGUGUCGAGGCUCUGGUGAGAUGUUCCGAGCACACCGAGUUUGGUCCUCUAUUCCUCGAUCACGAAGCCGAAGAUUGGAAGUACAAUCGGAUCUUCUACUCUACAUAUGGCGGCGCAUUCCAGGAUCUAACCAUACGCCGGCUCAUCCAGACGGAGGUUUCCAAGAGCAGAGCUUUGACGGAAGAUGUAAGCUUGAUCUCAAAGCUGCCUUCUGUAGCUUCCAAUCAAGAUGUGUUCACACCACUACAAGGAGAACUCUACAGGUUGCCGAGAUUCUUUCGAUGGUUAACACCCUUCAGGCUCGCCGUAAUGAGUACGCCACGCUGUCGAGAAGAUAUUGAAGCACUGGUAGCUCUAGGCAUAACAUUGGUAGUCACUCUAACAGAAGAAGAACCACUACCAGCGGAAUGGUUCGAGGAUACACCUUGUCGAAACAUUUUCUUACCCGUACGAAACUACCAAGCUCCCUCGAACGAGCAAGUGGACACAUUCAUUCAAUCCAUGGAUGACUUACCAACUGAGGAAGCUGCCUUGAUUCACUGCGGUGGUGGCAAAGGCCGCGCUGGCACCCUUGCUGCAUGCUAUCUUAUAGCCAGAGGAUUUGAGGUCGAUCCUUCCAAAAGCGUUGGUGGCGAGGAAUAUGUUCGAAUUUACCCUGCGGAUGCUAUGAAGCUCUUGCGUCACAUGCGACCUGGCAGUAUCGAGACAUCUGAGCAAGAAACAUUUAUCAAGGAUUAUGCUCAAUAUCUCAUAAGCGGCAAAGAGAAAGCAGCUGUCCAAGAAACGACUCUCCCCGAAUCACAGGAUCCACUCGUGAUCGAUGGAGAAUUGUCUGGGUCGCCUUCAUUGAUCGUAUGCUGCGGCAUACCCGGUUCAGGUAAAAGCACUUUUGCGUCACACCUCGUAACCCGGGGAUAUACUACAGUUUCUCAAGACGAACUAGGCAGCAAAACUGCUUGUCUCAAUGCUUUGUCUAAUGCUCUGGAAAGUGGACAUAAGAUCAUCGUGGACAGAUGCAACCCGUAUGUCGAGGAUAGAGAACAAUGGCUGGCACAUGCUUUUCAUCCAAAGGAUGCGCUUUGUGUCCAGUUCGAUAUAGCUCCCGAUCUGUGUGUCCGGAGAGCUGACGCUCGAACAAAUCAUCCAACCAUUGCACCAGGAAGAGCAAAGAGGAUUGUGCAUUCGUUCGUCAAGACCUUUGUCCCACCCACAAGAAAGGAAAAGUUUGCUUGCGUUGCCAGACUACCAUCCAACAGCGCUGCUUCUGAUCUUCUGGCCAGGCUCGGUGUCUCCACAAAAGCUCUUGUUGGAGUCGAGGCAGGCGUGGUUGUCGAACCAGAUACUGCAGCUCACAAGAAAAAUAUCUUGGAUUCACCAGAACGACCAUUCAUCCACAAGUUCCCUCGAACCAGGCAUCUCUUCAACGUCGGUUCCGCGUCGCGUGACGACCUGAUCCUUUCUUCUUCUGACGCUCAGGCCUUUCUCCAACCAUCAGACCCAUCUAUAACAAUUGUUGUCGAAGAGAAAGUCGACGGUGCAAAUUUGGGCAUCAGUCUCGACUCAUCUGGUGCUUUCAGAGUACAAAAUCGUUCGCACUACGUCAAUAGCAAGUCGCAUGCGCAAUUCAAAAAGCUAGACAAGUGGUUGGAUGAUCACUACGAAGGGUUGACCUUUGUUCUAGAUGCAGCAAACAGCCGACCGGGCAGGUGGAUAUUGUAUGGCGAGUGGCUGUUUGCCAAACACUCGAUUCAUUAUACCACUCUCCCAGAUCUGUUUCUCGCUUUUGAUUUCUUCGACACCGAAACAGGCACUUUCCUGAGCCGAGAUGCACUGAGCGAAAGACUGAAAGGCACAAACAUACAUCAAGUCGGUCAACUUGAGGUGCAGAGUCUGGACGAGCAGUCAUUGCUUGACCUGGUACGUACACAGGAAUCAAGCUUUUACGAGGGUGUCAUAGAGGGAGUCUACCUUCGCAGACAGAAAGAUGGCAAGACUAUCGAUCGUGCUAAAAUCGUUCGUUCGGACUUCAUUGCAGGAGAUGAGCACUGGAAUCGUAGAGGUGUGGUUUCAAAUAUUGUGAUAGCUUAUCAUUGA